UAACAAUGCUUUGUGAUUAAUAAACAGCAGCUAAAAUUGGAUAAAAUUUAUUUAAAGAUUAUAUGGUAGAUGGCACCUUAGAUAACAAUUCAUGUAAAAUUUUGUUGAAUGUAUAAAGUACAUAGAAUGUUAGAAGAUUGCUAUGCUAAAUUAAAUUUGCCUAUGCCUCAUUUAAAUGAUGAAGAUUUAUUAUAAUAUGCUUAGAUUUGGGAUUUAAAUUAAGAUAAUUCAAUUACAGAAGAUGAUGUUGAAAAUAAUGCAAAAUAAUUAUUAUCACAAGAAUUAGAAAUUAAUAUGUAAGCUUAAGAACUAACUGGUUAUCCACCAAUAUAAGUAGAGUAUCAUAGCUACGUCGUUGAAAAUAUUUAAUAAAAAUAAGAAAGUGAUUUUAUUAUAGUUUAAAAGGAUGUUAAAUAAGAAACUGGAAAUUUUUCCUAAAAACCAAUAUCAGAAUCAUAUAUUGAAAAAUAUAUUUUAGAUAAAUAAGCCCUUUAGACUAUUUCAAACUCAAAAUUAUAACCUUUGAGUUAAUAAUCAAAUACUUUUGUUUAUCCUUUAGAAACAGAACAUAACAAAUAUUAGAACUACAAUACACGAACUCAAAAAAAGCUUGAAUUGGCAGAAAGAAUUUUUAAUAAAUUUUAAAAAAAUGGUUUCAUAACACAAAAUGAGGUUGAAAUAAUUUUAAUAUUAGGCUUAUGCAUUAUUAUAAGAAACUUAUCAAAAGUUGAAUAUGCCAUAUUAAAUAACAGAAUAAGAUGCUAAAUCUUGGAUGCUUAUGGCUGACAAAGAUAAAGAUGGAAGAGUUAGAUUAUAGGAUUUUCAUUAAGUGCUCUUAGAUAGUUUAGUGUAAGCUGGAAUUAAUAUAAAUUGA